AUGCAUCUUGUAGAUUCCACAACUCCCGCAAACCCUUUAACUCGCCACUCCUUACCAAUGACAUUAAGAGCAAAAAACUAUUAUGAACGCGAAGAAACUCAUAAUUAUCAAAAUCCCAAUUACCAUCAAAAUCAUCAUCAUCAUUACAAGCAUCAAACUUAUAAUUACAAUUAUAAUCAGAAUUAUAAUCAAAACCAGAAUUACAAUCAAAAUCAGAAUUACAAUCAAAAUCAGAAUUAUAAUCUUUACCAAUUACCAUUACAACAACAACAACAGCAACAGCAACACGCUCACCGUAAUAUUCUUCACAACUCUCAUAACAACCAUCCAAUCAGUAACAACAACAGCAACAACAAUAACAAUUAUAACAAUAAUCAACGCCAACCUCUUCAAAAUCGUCAACAUCAUAAUAUCAUAAAAUCUAUAGAAAGGAGUAAUCUUAACAACAAUAAUAGAAAUAAUAUCAUCAAUGGUAGUAAUAAUGUUAUUAUAAAUCAUAAUAAUCAUAAUAAUGGUAAUAAAUCUAGUAUUAAUAAUAACAGCUUAAAAUAUUCAUUAAUGACAACUUCUUCAACCAUUGAACAAAAUAAUAAAAAUCCUUUAGAAGUUUCUAAUAGACAACAUAAUCAUCAUCGCAAAUCAGGUCAACAGAAUCGCCAGAGUAUUAAUGAUGAUCGUUAUGUGUUAGUUACCGGAGGUGCUGGUUAUAUUGGAAGCCAUACAGUGUUAGAAUUGUUGAAAGAUGGUUAUAAUGUUGUUGUUGUAGAUAAUAUGUCAAAUUCCUGUAUAGAAUCUUUGAUUCGUAUACAAAAACUUACAGGUCGAUCAAUAAAAUUUCACAAUGAAAAUAUAUUAGAUGAACAAACAUUAACUAAAAUAUUUGAAAAAUAUAAUAUUUGGGCAGUUUUACAUUUUGCUGCUUUAAAAGCUGUAGGAGAAUCCAUGAAGAUUCCUUUAGACUAUUACUGGAAUAAUGUCACAGGUUCAUUGAAUUUGUUCAGGGUGAUGGAACGUUUUGGUGUCUAUAACAUUGUAUUCUCCAGCAGUGCUACUGUUUAUGGUGAUCCAGAUAUGAUCCCGGUAAAUGAGAAAUCGAGUUUAGGGCCUGUUACAAAUCCUUAUGGUAAAACGAAAUUAUUUAUAGAAGAAGCAUUGAGGGAUAUGUGUAAUGCAAAUAAAAAAUGGAAUGCGGUAAUUUUGAGGUAUUUUAAUCCAACUGGUGCGCAUCCUUCAGGUAUAAUUGGUGAAAAUCCAAGAGGUGUACCAAAUAAUUUAAUGCCUUAUGUUAGUCAAGUAGUUCAAGGUCGUUUACCGUAUGUAAAGAUUUUUGGUAAUGAUUACGAUACUAUUGAUGGUACAGGUGUAAGGGAUUAUAUUCAUGUAUGUGAUCUAGCAACAGGUCAUGUAGCAGCUCUUCGUAAAUUAAAAAUAGGACCAGGCUGUGUUGCAUAUAAUCUUGGUACAGGUGUUGGUUACUCUGUUUUACAAAUUAUUAAUGCUAUGUCACGUGCUUGUGGUAAGGAAAUUCCAUACAAGAUUGAGGAUAGGCGUCCUGGUGACGUUGGUACAGUAACAGCAGAUGCUAGUCUAGCCAAUGUUGAAUUAGGAUGGUAUCCAAAUUAUAACCUUGAUCAAAUGUGUCAAGAUCUUUGGCGUUGGACAAAUUCAAAUCCAUCUGGUUAUCCAACUGAAAUAACUAAUGAAACCAUUAGUAUCAUAAAAGGAAUGUCAUUGUAA